AUGGCGAAGGAGAAGCCCAGGAAGGCUUUGCAGGAGCUGCUCAAGAGACCGGGCAACCAGCUGUGCGCGGACUGCUCUGCACCUGAUCCAGACUGGGCAUCGCAUACCCUAGGAGUGUUUAUCUGUUUAAAUUGUUCAGGAAUCCAUCGCAAUAUCCCACAAGUCAGCAAAGUGAAAUCAGUCCGUUUAGAUUCGUGGGAUGAUGUUCAAGUUGAGUUUAUGGCCGCAAAUGGAAACAACGUAGCAAAAGCAAGAUAUGAAGCUAAAAUACCACCAUUUUAUUACAAGCCAACAUUUCCUGACUGUCAGCUGCUACGAGAACAGUGGAUCAGAGCCAAAUAUGAAAGAAAAGAAUUCAUUUACACUGAGAAGCAAGAGCCUUAUUCUGCAGGGUACAGAGAAGGGCUUCUCUGGAAGAGAGGACGUGACAAUGGGCAGUUCUUAAGCAGAAAAUUUGUGUUAUCGGAACGGGAAGGCGCACUGAAGUACUUCAACAAAAAUGAUGCAAAAGAACCCAAAGCAAUUAUGAAGAUUGAACAUUUAAAUGCGACUUUCCAGCCUUCAAAAAUAGGGAACCCACAUGGACUACAAAUCACUUACUUGAAGGACAACAGCACAAGGAAUAUCUUUGUCUAUCAUGAAGAUGGCAAGGAAACAGUGGAUUGGUUCAAUGCCAUCCGUGCAGCACGGUUCCAUUAUUUACAAGUGGCGUUCCCUGGAGCUAGCGAUGUCGAUUUGGUGCCAAAGCUUUCUAGGAACUACUUGAAGGAAGGUUACAUGGAAAAAACUGGGCCAAAGCAAACAGAAGGUUUCAAGAAGCGAUGGUUCACCAUGGACGACCGAAGGCUGAUGUAUUUCAAAGAUCCUCUGGAUGCCUUUGCUAGAGGGGAAGUAUUUAUUGGGAGCAAGGAAAACAGCUACAAGGUCCUGGAAGGACUCCCACCAUCCACCCAGGGAAAUCACUGGCAGUAUGGGAUAACCAUUGUGACCCCAGACAGAAAAUUUCUCUUUGCUUGUGAGACAGAAAGUGAUCAGCAAGAAUGGAUUACAGCUUUUCAGAAAGUCAUAAGCAGGCCGAUGCUGCCUCAGGAAUAUGCAGUGGAAGCCCAUUUCAAGCAUAAACCUUAG